AUGGAUUUAUUUAUCACUUACAAUACUAUUCUUGAUGCUAAGGGCCAAUUGAGUAAGGUUAGGGAGGUUUUGCUAGAGAUGAAAGGUAGCGGGGUUUCCCCAAAUAGGAACCCCUAUAAUAUCUUGGUUCAUGGCUAUUGUAAGUUGAGGAGGUUGAAGGAGGCUGCCGAGGUUGUUGAUGUGAUGAGUGCAAACGGCAUGGUACCAGAUAUUUGGACUUAUAAUAUAAUCAUGAGGGGUUUGUGCGAUGAGGGGAAGGUCAAGGAGGCGAUUAGCCUUAGGGAUGAUAUGGAGAGCCUGAGGGUGAUGCCGGAUGAGGUUACCUACAAUACUCUGAUUGACGGGUGUUUCCAGUGGCGGGGGAGUGUGGAGGCAUUCAAGUUGGUUGAGAAAAUGAAGGGAAAGGGAGUCAAGCCGAACGCGGUGACUCACAAUAUAAUGGUGAAGUGGUACUGUAAGGAAGGUAAGAUGGAUGAAGCCGGCUGUGUCGUGGCAAAGAUAGUAGAGAGUGGGUUUUCACCGGACUGUUUUACUUAUAAUACUAUGAUCAAUGGUUAUUGUAAAGCAGGAAAUCUGGGAGAAGCUUUUAAGAUGAUGGAUGAAAUGGGGAGGAAAGGUUUAAAGAUGGAUACUUUUACUCUGAACACUAUAGUGAACAAAUUGUGCAUGGAGAAGCUACUCAAAGAGGCAUACGAGUUGACUGUGAAGGCCGCAAAGCGAGGUUAUAUUCUCGAUGAGGUAACCUAUGAAACUCUAAUCAUGGGAUACUUUAAAAAUGAUCAAACAAACAACACUCUGAAGCUUUGGGAUGAGAUGAAGGAGAAGGGGAUCAUUUCUAGUGUUGUCACUUAUAAUACUAUAAUUAGGGGGUUGUGUCAUUCUUUAAAAACUGAUCAGGCUAUAGAUAAAUUGAAUGAGCUUUUAGAUAAAGGUUUGGCCACCGAUGAAGCUACGUGUAACAUAAUUAUCCAUGGUUUCUGCUGGGAGGGAGCAGCGGAGAAAGCAUUCUUGUUCUAUAACAGAAUGGUUGAGAACUCAUUCAAGCCUGAUGUUAUUACAUGUAACAUUCUUCUUCGAGGGCUUUGCAAACAUGCCAUAAAAAUACUGUAUUCUGCUUUUCAUGUUUGA